AUGCGGAAAUUGAGCUUGCUUGGCCUGUGCCGGAGGAGCUUGGUUUCGCCGUUCGCCGGAGAAUCUGCUAUUGAUCACGGCAGGCUUUGCUCAGCGAGCGAGGCAUUGUAUCGAACACAAGGUUUGAGCUCUUCUUCUGGUUCGGUAGCUGGCUUCGCUACUUCGUUUGGGAAUCGUUACAUCCAUGCCUCAGGUUUUUGCUGCGCACCGGCACGAGACUAUUAUGAAACUCUCGGCGUUUCGAGAAGCGCAAGCAAAGAUGAGAUUAAAAAGGCGUUUCGCACGCUGGCCAAGAAAUACCAUCCUGAUGCAAAUAGGGACAAUCCUUCUUAUAAGAGAAAAUUUCAGGAGAUAAGAGAAGCUUAUGAGACAUUGCAAGAUCCUGAAAAGAGGGCAGAAUAUGAUAUGAAGCAAUCAAGUGGGUAUGCUGCCAGUGAUGCAGAAGGUUUUAGAUACAGUUAUCAAACUCAUGGUCCUACAGCUGAUGCGGAGGGGUUUGGACAUGGUUUUAAACCUCAUUUCUCCAGUUCAUUUCAUAAAAUAUUCUCAGAGAUCUUUGAACGUGAGUUCGAUCAAGUUGCACCUGACAUUCAGGUGGAGCUGUCACUCUCUUUUUCUGAAGCUGCUAGAGGAUGCACAAAAAAUCUGUCUGUAACUUCACAUGUUCCCUGCGAUUCUUGUGAUGGGCGUGGCUAUCCAGUAAAGGCCAAGACAAAAGUGUGUCCUAUUUGCAGAGGUAUUGGGAGAGUUACAAUUCCUCCAUUCACAUCAACAUGCAGUACUUGCAAAGGGUCAGGCCAAAUAAUCAAGGAACAUUGUAUGUCAUGUGGAGGAUUAGGGAUAGUUGAAGGUGCUAGAGAGGUUGAAGUUAGCAUCCCAGCAGGUGUGGAUUCUGGAGAUACAAUCCGCGUACCAGAGGCCGGGAAUAGUGGGCCACGAGGAAGUCAACCAGGCUGGUUAUAUAUUAAGCUAAAGGUUGCUAAAGAUCCUAUUUUUUCUAGAGAUGGUGCAGAUGUUUACGUGGACUCUAAUAUCAGCUUUACUCAAGCUAUUCUUGGUGGUAAGGUUGAGGUGCCAACUUUAACUGGGAAGACAGAAGUAAAAAUACCAAAGGGGGUUCAGCCUGGAGAACACAUGGUACUAAGAGGCAAAGGACUACCGAAGCAUGGUUUCCUAGUUCACCAUGGAGACCAAUAUGUUCGCUUCCGAGUCCAGUUUCCAACUAAAAUAAAUGAACGACAACACGCCAUAUUAGAAGAAUUUGCAAAGGAGGAAAUAAUUCAUGGAAACAGCAACUCCAACGAUAAAGACUGGCUUUAUCAGCAGCUAUCUACUGGUUGAACUUACAGGUUUCAGCGGAUAACUGAACGUGUUAUGGGUCCGAGAUUUGUGCUUGAGUUGUCGGUAUUCUUAUUGAUCUUUUUUUUGCUGAGCAAAGCCACGAGCUGACUGUUGGAUCAAGGCAAUUCAAUCAAAAUACAUUUGCCAAUUGUCAUUGCUGUAGAGAUCUGCUGACUUAUCCAUUCUUUGGAGUUCUGUUGAUCGAAGGUACUGAUUUUCUCAGGACCAGUCGGUCUAUUCGCACACCCUAAGUUUUUGGCAUAGUUCAUUGUCUG